CAAUUGAGUUUUAUUAACUAGUAGACAUCUGAUCUAACCAUUUAAUUCAACUGUUAAACUGAAUACAUUUUGCCGUUGUGAUAUUUCACUUCAUAAUGUCUGUUAAAAUUGUGUCUCUGGUUUUAAUUGCUUUUGCCAUUGUGAAUCAAUCAUUUGGUGCACCCAACAAAUCAAAAGGAAAUUUAUCAUGCCCUGAUCAAUUGAAAGAAGUGGACAGAAUUUUCAAAGUAUUGCUUCUUAUGAACAAGCAAAGGCUUGUUGCUAGUGAUGAAGCAAAACAUGCUCAAUAUUGCAAAGAAAUCACGUCGUUGGGGAAAAAAGUGGCUCGUUACUCCAAGUGUGAAAAGGCAUUUGCUGCUCAAGUUUUGACCAUCCUUUCCAAUGGUGUCAAAAAACCAAUCAAAUAUGUCUGCAAUGAACAAAAACAAGCUUCCAUUGCAAAUUUCGCCUGCAUGAACGACGCUUUCUUGGACCAGGUUAAUGAAAAAGAAGCUUACUUGGUCAAGAACCUUAAAUACGUCAGUAAAAAUGCCACUAGUGCCGAUGCUCUUCCUUUAUUCUGUUGUACUUUGGUUGACUAUUUUGACAACUUGAGUAAACUUGAAUCACCAAAAUGCUCAUCAAAAUCUUCUGAUGCUAGUAAAUUUGUUCACCAACGCCAAUAUUCAGGAAGUGCUGAUGUUAUUGAUCUUGUAUGUUCAUCUUACAAAAGUGUGAAAACCUGCGAAGAGAAAAAUGGACCAAUGAUGAGCAUUCUAAGGACUCCUCCACCAAAAGGAUUUUCAAUCGAUAAAGAGGAAUUCGCUAAUUAUUUCAUCGGCGCUGUUACCAGAAUGAUAUGAUCUCAUUUCAAUAUUUCCAUUAUCGCAUUAUUAAUUCAUUUAGUACAACAUAACGAAUGGCCUUCGUACGAAGAAAGGGGAUUUGUUUUAAGUACAAUUUUAAAUUAUCUUCAAUUUAUCUGUAUUAUCAUUUUCUAUGAUUUAGAUUAUUUUGUCGAUUCAGUUUGUGUUAUUAUUUUAUUACAGGCCUAUCCAGUGCAAAACUAUAAUAAUAAACUCAAAACCUUUACAAGUUUGAACUUCAUUUGA